AAGGGAUUAAAAACUUGUUCCCCGUUAGUAAUCGAGGAACUCUAAUGUUGCCCCAUCCAAGAACCCCAUUAUUAUCCUCAUCAUUUGCUCAAAAUUAAACAGGGUGGGAUUCGCGUUUCCGAAGCGGGGCAUUGAGCGGAUCGUCCUUCUCUUCAGGAUGGGGGCGGAAAUCGAAGCAGGGUUCUCGUUUUUUCGGCAACCAGUCCUGGGAGUGGCAAAGGGGCGACCAUAUCUCUGUUCCAGGCAACCAUGUUCGGAGGUUUCCAGCUGCGUCGAACAAGGGCCGCUUUGCCCCGGUGAAUUCAGACUCGAAUGUACUACUCCAACAGGCUGUAAUUUGUUCUCUUCUAUUCAAAUUGAAAGCAAAACUUUUAGUUUUAGUGUUGAAUUUCAUUAUCCUUGCCAACCUAGGUAUUGCAAAUGCAGAAUGAGAAAUGGAAUGCCUGUGAAAGCACCACUUUGGACUUCAUGGACUGAUAAAAAUCGAGGGAGACGUUUCUACGGAUGUCCCAAUUAUGAGAGUGAUAGCUGUGGUUUGUUUGAAUGGCAUGAUGAGCCAUUAACUGGUAGGGCAAAAGUUGUUAUUAAUGAGCUCAAAUUGGAAAAUAAACAGCUACGUCUAAGAUUUGGAAACUGGAGCAUGACAUAGGUGGAAGGGGAUUUGAUACUAAUGAGCUUCAAGGAUCAAAUAGUUUCAACACAGCUAAGCAUAUGGCAUUGGAAAGGGAAAGAAAUCAAAUGAGGAAUUGUUUAAUUGUUGUAUUGUCUUGUAUUUUCAUUGGAGUAUUGUGUGUACUUUUUAGUUAGUUUGUAUUUCUAGGUUGUGUGUAAAGUUAGGUUGUAAGUUUCAAGUGGAAUCUCUGUAAAACCUUUAACUGGUUUGGUAAGCUUCUACUAAGCUUCUACCUGUUUUAUCUUUAAUAUAACUAUGAGUUGGUAUGUUGGUUUGUCUCAUUCAAAUAUACUCUGAAUU